UGGCACGCUUGGUCAAUUGCCAACUCGCCGCCGCCAUGUCGAUCGGUCAGGAAAGGCUUCGAAUUCUAUGUCUUCAUGGUGGUCGCUCCAACAGCAUCGUUGUCUCGCUUCAAGUGUCCGGCUUUGUGCAGGCGUUUGGGCCAGCCGCCGAGUUCGUCGAGCUGGACGGUCCUUUCCCUGCAUCGGGUCCACCUGAGGAAGAUAUCUUGAACCUCUUUGGCGAGGACGAUUCGUAUUUCGAAUGGUGGGAUGCCAACAGCCACACAGACAAGGCGUAUCCAGGAUGGGAACGUUCGGUAGAGUACCUCCAACGUGAAAUCGCCACCCAAGGUCCAUUUGAUGUGAUCAUUGGGUUUUCGCAAGGCGCAAUGAUGGCAACUUUGGCGACAGCCCACUACAUGGAGAAGCAUUCGGUCCCCUACAAAGCGAUCGUGUUGGUCUGUGGCAUGUGGCCCCAAGACGGCAUGCCCGACAUGUACUCCGCCGCAUCCCCUGGGAAACCUCAGCUAGCAUUCCCAUCGUUCCACAUCAUGGGCGAAAAGGACUUUAUGUAUGAAGAAAGCAAAGCUCAAGUCGACUACUUUUCCGAAGCCACUCGCCACGUGUACUCCCACAGCCAAGGCCACCGGUUCCCGCCCCUGCCUCAAUACAAGGACAUGUACAAAGAAAUCGCUCAGAAAAUUCGCUCCGUUUGUGCCAGACCACUAGAGUAAUAAAGUUCGAACAAGAGUAGUUCUGGAUG